AUGCACGGGAAGGGUAGGCUGCACCUUCACCACUAUCCCGUCGGGAGCGACAGUACAGGGGAACAGGGGACGAAGGCAGCAGCCUGCAUUGCUGUUGCUGUUGCUGUUGUUGCUGGUGCUGCUGGUGCUGCCGGUUCGGCGGCAGCAAGACUUCUAACAGCAGAGGAUGCUCUAGAGAUCACCGUGGAAGUGCGGUCGCUGCGACACCUCCCGCAGUCGUUUUUCAACGAGGACAAGGAGAAGGAACUAGCGCUCAGACAGCACGGGCAACAACAGAGGCAUCAGCGUGGACGGGGGAGCGUCGACUACCGGAAGUGCUGGAGAGCGCAGGCAAACAUCGCCAACGAGACGCGAGAGACGGGGAACUCGACAUGGGGCAGGGGCGGGAGGUCCCGCCAGGCGAUGUGGCUGCGGGGCGCGGACAAGGUGUCGUGGAGCCUGCCCGAGCAACAGUUCAAGCAGGUCAAUGCGUACACCCCUGUCUGCAAGGUACACGUGCACGCCACCAACCCCGACUCCCCCACAAUGGACACCUCCGAUUCGGUGGGCUGGUUCAUCGUCGACAUGCGAGACCUCACCGGGCAGCGUCAGCAAGAACGCUGGGUCAAGCUCCAGGGCGCUAGCCCCGCGGAGGUGCUGAUAUCCUCCCGCCUGGCCAUGGCGCGCGACCCGCAAGAGGACCCCUGUAGAGAAGGGCACGAGCAACGAGGCCGACCGAACAGCGGUCACCGGGGGAAUGAUUCGGCGAAACCCUCUGCUUCGAAAGCAAGCUUCGAGGGUGGUUCUCCAACGGCCGCGUCGGGUGCCGUUUCCCGUCGCUGCUGCAGCACCAGCAGCAGUGCUGGAAGACGGCGAGAGGGAUACUUCCAACUCCAUCUCCCCGGCGAGCCCCUGGCGGCCCCGCAGCAGCGAGACAAGGAAGACGGCGAGGGGGGGGAGGAAGAGUCACAGAGCCCCCCGGUUGCCUCCAUCUGCGCCGAGCUGACGAGGGCUGAUUCCGAACCUGGACCCGGCGAUGGGCCUGUUGGGAGCUCCGAUGCCGACGGGCUGUGGGCGGCGACGGCGGCAGCAGCGGUGGCCACGGGCAGGACCGAGGGCUCAGCCAGCGCGAGCGGCGUGAGGACAUGGUCCCGCCUUGCGGUGGCUGGGAGGAGAGUUGGGCGGGCUGUAGCAAUCACGGCGGCGCUGCAGCGGCCAGAGCUCAGGCCGGUUGAUCACCCAGGCAGCAGAGACGGUUCGGCGCUGAGCAACCGCGUCAAUGGCGGCGGCGGUGUUCUAGUGGGAAUCACCGACGCCACGGGAGAGCUGUUUAUGUCUGGAAAGGCCGGCGGUGCGGCCACGGCAACCGAUGCAAUCGCGGGAGUGGCUAACGCUAACCCUUCCGCCUCCCUCCGGGAAGGCUUCCGAGUGGUUGGCUGCGGCGAGCGGGGGGGGGGGAGACACUGAAGACAGCGACUUCCUGGAGACCAUCACCUGGGAGUGGGAAAGGGAGCCGCCGAACCCUGGGAGGAAGGGGGGGGUUGGCGGGGUCCUUGCUACCGUCCGGGUGCUCAUCGGCUCUGGAGCCCGAUACGGUGACGUCACGAUCGCGACGGGCGUGGUGCCGUGGCCCUCCUCGGCCUGCGGCAGUCGGCAGCACGUCAACGUGAAGCUCGUGUCCCUCGAAGGGAACGAGGUGGGCUCGUACCGCGUCUGCUUGUCCUUGGCCGAAACAGGCGACGGCGACGGCAGCAACGGCCCGGCCGGGGAGGGAGGCGAAGCCGGUGCGGCUUUCAAACAGGAGAGCGAGCAGUUGGAAGACGAGUAAGAGGAGGAAAGAGAAAGAAGCUUCGGCCU